CAGGCUCCUUAAUUACACUACCUGUUAUUACUCUGAUUAGUUCAUAACAACUAGAAUGAUCUCCAUUCAGCUUUCGACCAGUCAUCCACCUACGGCCUCCUACUUCCACCUUCUCCUCUCUCCUCUGUAGCCGCUCAUGAGAGACUUGGGGCAUCGCCGAUCCUCGCCAGUCGCUUGCUCUCCAAGCGACUCGGCUUCCGUGCGACUCUACGCCCCCCACGCCCGCUGAAUCUAUAGGGAUCGGACGACAUAAGAUUUCGUGCGAUUAUCUGGUUCAGUUGGCAAGUUGCAGCUAUCGGGACCUCCUCCUCAGAUUCUGGCCUCGUGAUUUUAAUUACCUUCCCAAGAGUGAUUUCGGUCCAACUCAUUUCCGCGAGAGUGAUAACGUACGCUGCGUCGUUUGUACUGGCGGCGAUCGAGCUCUUUUGAGCAGCUGGUCGACGAUCUACCACCUGUGACCGGCUCGCGCUUCGCCCUUCACACGCCUCGCUCUCUUCACCCUGCACCCUUCACCCUUCCUCCCCCCUCUUCAAGUCAUCAAGCCAACAUGGCUAUCCCAGUAGACUCUAAGAACGUCCGGGCAGUUGAACUUUACUGCUGGCUGCCCGUAGCGCGCCGACUGGACGUCUGGCCCUUCGCCGUCGUGUACGCCGUCUGGCUGGCGCUGCUGGUAACCCGACUUCGCCUGGACUUCACGGAGAUGGCGAUCGUUACGGGCGCGCUCGUUUCGCUGAACAUCCUGACGGCGCUGUUCACCGUGUGGUCCGUGGACUUCCGGUGCUUCGCGCACGCGCGCCAGGUGUCAUCAGUGCACGAAGCCGAGGUGUGCAAGGUGAUCCCCUCCAAGUUCGGAGGCUCCAAGGAGGUCGUUCCCCUCACCAAGCGCCAGCAUUUGCCAGCAGAGAAGCACCUUCUGGGAGCUGGGGGCAGCGCCUCUGGCGCCUCUGGCGCCUCUGGCGCCGCCGCUGCUGCUGCUGCUGCUGCAAAGAAAGAAGAGAAGGAUAAAGGAGAGGGCGGCAAGGAAACGGAAGGAGAAAAAAGGACGAGCAUUGUGAAAACGGCUGAGGAGAAGGAAAAGAGAAAGAGCGAGAAGGAGGGGGAGAAGGAGAUGGAGAAGGAGGAGGAGGAGGUGAGGAUGUGUUACCGGCGGCAGCAGUUUAUGUACGACGAGGAGGAGAGGGUGUUUAAGAAGCUGCGGUUCCCGUCCAAGGAGACGUUUGGGGCGUACGUGCAGUGGAAGGGGUACGGCACGCACGCCAAGGUGGAGGCUGCUCGCCACCGAUGGGGCAGAAACGCGUUUGAGUUCCCUGCGCCCACCUUCCUGGCCCUCUUCAAGGAGCAGUGCUCCGAGCCCUUCUUCGUCUUCCAGGUGUUCUGUGUGGCCCUGUGGUGCAUGGACGAGUACUGGUACUACUCCAUCUUCACGCUCUUCAUGCUGCUCGUGUUUGAGUCCACCGUGGUGGCCAGCCGCCUGCGCACACUGAGCGAGCUCAGGCGCGUGCGCGUGGACACGCAGGGGAUCCUGGUGCACCGCGAGGGCAAGUGGCUCAACCUCACGGGUCCAGACCUGGUGCCAGGAGACAUAGUGUCUAUCGGCCGCACUGCUGCUGGUCACGCGGCCGGGGCGGGGGCAGGGGGGAAGGGGAAGGCAGGACCAGCAGCAGGAGGGGCAGUGGAGGAUCGGACAGUGCCGGCUGACCUGCUGCUGCUGGCAGGAACUGUGAUUGCCAACGAGGCGAUCCUCACAGGGGAGAGCACCCCGCAGUGGAAGACGCCAGCAUCCACCCGGGAGGGCAGCGAGCGGGUGUCGGUGCGGCGGGACAAGGCGCACGUGCUGUUCUCAGGCACCAAGAUCCUGCAGCACACGCCCGAUAAGACAGCAGCGAUCAGAGCACCAGACGGGGGGUGUGUGGCAGUGGUGCUGCGAACGGGCUUCGACACCAGCCAGGGCAAGCUCAUGCGCACCAUCCUCUUCUCCACCGACCGGGUGACGGCCAACAGUGCGGAGAGCGGGCUCUUCAUCCUCUUCCUUGUUGUCUUCGCCGUCGUUGCUGCUGGCUAUGUGCUGCACAAGGGUUUGGAGGACCCGCAUCGCAGCCGCUACAAGCUGUUCCUCAACUGCUCGCUCAUCAUCACGUCCGUCAUCCCGCCCGAGCUGCCCAUGGAGCUCUCCAUCGCCGUCAACACCUCGCUCAUCGCCCUCGUGCGCCAGGGCAUCUACUGCACCGAGCCUUUUAGGAUCCCAUUUGCCGGCAAGGUGGACAUCUGUUGCUUUGACAAGACUGGCACCCUCACUUCAGAUGACAUGGAGUUCCGCGGGGUGGUGGGGGCGGAGGGGGGGGGCUCCCUGGACCUGUCCACAGACUGCCAUCGCUUCCCGCUGCCCACACUGCUCACCCUUGCCGCCUGCCACUCCCUCGUCUUUGUCGACAACAAGCUGGUGGGGGACCCUUUGGAGAAGGCAGCGCUGACUGGCGUUGACUGGGGCUUCACUGCUGAAGAGAAGGCGCACUCCAGAAAGGGCGUGCACCACGAGGCGGGCAUCAUCUGCCGGCACCACUUCGCGUCGCACCUCAAGCGCAUGGCCGUUAUAGCGCGCGUGGACAACGAGCCUGGCUUCAUGGUGCUCGUCAAGGGCGCCCCCGAGACGAUAAUGGAGCGGUUGAGCGAGGUGCCGAUGGGUUACAGUGCGGCGUACAAGCAGUUCACCCGCCAGGGGGCACGAGUGCUCGCCCUCGCCUACAAGCCGCUGCCUGACAUGACGGUGACUGAGGCCAGAGCUCUAGAGCGCGAUGACGUGGAAAGCAACCUCACAUUCGCUGGCUUUGCGGUGUUUGCAUGCCCCAUCCGUUCUGACUCCGCCGCUGUACUCGCUGAGCUCAGGCACUCCUCCCAUGACCUGGUGAUGAUAACGGGCGAUCAAGCGCUUACAGCAUGCCACGUGGCGGGGCAGGUGAACAUAGUGACUCGCCCCGUGCUCGUGCUUACUCCUGCUGCUGACGGCGGCUUCAACUGGUUGUCACCGGACGAAGUCACGUGCAUGCCUUAUAGGGAGGAGGAGGUGGAGGGCGUGAGUGAGGAGUACGACCUGUGUGUGGCAGGCGAUGGCAUCGCCAUGCUGCAGCGCUGCAACGCGCUCUCCCUUGUCAUCCCGCGCACGCAGGUGUUUGCCCGGGUCUCCCCAGAGCAGAAGGAAGUGAUUCUAGCAACCCUCAAGGACGUGGGGCGCGUCACGCUCAUGUGUGGCGAUGGCACCAACGACGUGGGGGCGCUGAAGCGCGCGGACGUGGGCGUUGCUCUGCUCAAUGCCGUGCCGCCUGCACCCACCAAAAGUUCAGGGGACGCUGCUGCAGGGCAUGGGAAGCACAAGAGGAGGCCCGGGCAACCCCACGCCGCGUCAGCAGCAGUGGGAGGAGCCUCGGGGGCCACCGCAGGCGGAUCCCUUGCCUCCGCUGCAGCAGGCAGCAGCACAGCAGCAGCAGCAGCAGCAGCAGGGGGGCCAGGUAAUGCGAGGCUGUCGGCGCGUGAGUUGCACCAGCGCAAGGUGAAGGAGCAGCAGGAAAAGCUGCAAAAGCUGAUGAAGGAACUUGAGGACGGUGGGGACGGGCGAGCCCCGGUAGUGAAGCUAGGGGAUGCCUCCAUGGCGUCCCCUUUCACAGCCAAGCACGCCUCUGUGAAGCCCACCCGGGACAUCCUCCGACAGGGCCGCGCGACACUGGUUACCACGUUACAGAUGUUCAAGAUCCUCGGCUUGAACUGCCUCGCGACCGCGUACGUGAUGUCGGUGAUGUAUCUCGACGGGGUGAAGCUGGGGGACACUCAAGCGACUAUCUCUGGGGUGUUCACAGCAGCCUUCUUCCUCUUCCUCUCGCAAGCCAAGCCCCUCAACACCCUCUCCCCGGAGCGCCCGCAUCCGAACGUCUUCUCAGCCUACGUCCUCAUCUCCAUCCUCGGACAAUUCGCCAUCCACCUCACAUUCCUCAUGACUGCUGUCUCCUGGGCGCAGACCUACAUGCCCGAGGAAUGCAUCGAGCCCGACUCCACCUUCUCACCGAACCUCGUCAAUACGGUGUCCUAUAUGGCAAACAUGAUGAUCCAGGUGGCCACGUUUGCGGUGAAUUACAUUGGGCACCCGUUCAACCAGAGCAUCCGGGAGAACACGCAGUUUUUCUACGCGCUCUCCGCCGCCGCGGUGUUCUUCACGGUGGUGGCAUCGGACACGGUGCGCGAGCUGAACGACUCCCUAGAGCUGGUGAAGCUGCCGCAGCCGCUGGGCGUGUCUUUGCUUGGCAUGGCUGCGCUCAUGUUUGUGGGGUGCUAUGCGUGGGAGCGCCUGCUGCGCUGGUGCUUCCCUGUUCGACCCGUGGUUCUGCGCGGUGCUGGUGGUGGCCGGGGGCGUAGGAAGAGUGCAGGCGGGGGGAUUGGUGGUGGUGCUGGUGCUGGUGAAGGGGGGAUAGGGGUUGUGAGGGAUGGGGCGAGUGGUGGUGUUGGGGAUGGGAUUUUACAAAAGAAGUAUGCUUGACGGGAGUUGUCGUCGUCAGUUCCUCCCACAUGCGGAAGUUCCUUGGCUCAACGGAGAAGUAAUACUGGUACCUAUUGCUAAUAACUCGUGCUAGGGUGUCUAGUCUAGGCGGCGAAUGUUUUUUAUGCAAAGGCUUCUAGACACAUCAGCAUGGGGCAUGGCGGGCACAUGAGAGGUGGUGCAGUGAGCUAGAGAUUUCAACAGUAUGACCUGAGCCCUAAACCAAGAGAGAUGUGCUAGGGCUUUCUCAAAAUUGGGUACACAUGCCUAGAUGCCGUAAGAUUUCAGCCAAAAAAAAUCAUUUUAAUUCGACUGGUAGU